AUGAAUGACAUUCAUGCUCCAAAUGCCAUUUUGCUCGAAUAUCUAGAGGAUACUGAAGAGCUUAACUGUGUAAACUAUUCUGGUGAUCGUCUUCAGGCCGCGAUUGUUGGACUGAGGGAAAUUCACAGCGCCUUAAUUCACCACCGCGACGUCUACCCAAAGAACAUUCUUAUUGUCCGUGGACCCCCAGAGAGAGUCGUUUGGAUAGAUUUCGAUGUUGCAAUGACUUUCGAUUCAACAAAGCCAAUGGGGUAUCAGGCUGAUGAACACUGCGACUUCGAAAUCGAGCUUGUUAAAAGCUUCGGAAGGCUUUUGUGGAAAUCAAUUUCUGGAUCACGACUGACGGCAGCCCUUAGCUCUCUCAAUAUUAGCCCUCAUUCUAUAUUUAAGAAAAACUUGUAUUCUUAA